AUGGCGGGCAUUCCGUCUCCAGGGGUUCAACAACCCGGUGGUGGUAUUUCCAGUGGCCGGUUCCCUACAAAUAAUCUUCAAGCUUCCAUGUCUCAGAUUCCUCAUGGGCAUUCUGGGAUCAGCAACAGAGGAGGUAUGAAUGUUGGGGGGAAUCCUGGAUUUAGUAGUAGCAUGAAUGCUAUUGGUGGUUCAAUACAAGGUUUAUCCUCAAACUUGGCUAAUGUGGGUAACCGCAAUUCUGCUCCUGGGUUGGCAGCUUCUCCAGUCUUAGGGAAUUUAGGUCCACGAAUAACAAAUUCUGGGAAUAUUAUGGGUGGGAGCAAUAUUGGGAGAAGUAUAAGCUCUGGAGGACUUUCUAUGCCUAGUAUUGCAUCUCGCAUGAAUUUAAGUGGCAACUCUGUAAGUGGGGCUAUCAACAUUCAAGGAUCCAACCGUAUGGGUAGUAUACUUCAACAAGCAUCCCCACAGUUUAUGAACUUGCUUGGAAGUUCUUACCCAACACCUGGAGGGUCACUAUCUCAGAAUCAAGUACAGUCAGGAAGCAGUUCUUUAGGAUCUUCUGGAAUGCUAUAUGAUGGAAGCUCAGGUGACAAUGCUCCAUUUGAUAUUAAUGACUUCCCUCAGUUAACUGGACGGCCUAAUUCGGCUGGAGGUGGUCAAGGACAAUAUGGAUCACUGAGAAAGCAUGGAGUAAGUGUCAAUGCCAUUGUGCAACAAAAUCAGGAAUUCAGCAUUCAGAACGAAGAUUUUCCAGCUUUACCAGGAAAUAAAGGUAGUUCCUCAGAUUAUCCUAUGGAUAUCCAUCACAAGGACCACCUUCAUGAGAAUGUAAAUAUUAUGCAAGCACAACAUUAUCCUGUUCAAAAUGCUGGGCUGGAAACUAUUGGACUAAGACCAUCAAAUUCUCCAAGUCCGUCAACUAAUUCGGGGGUUUAUGAGCAAUUCAUGCAGAAGUACCAUCAACCACAGACUCAAAAUUCACUUAGGUUGCAGGCAUCUUCAGGUCCUCAACAGUACAAGGAUCAGAGCCAAAAAUCCGUUCAGGGAACACAGGCUGCGCCAGAUCCAUAUAGCUUACUUGGAUUGUUGAGUUUAAUAAGAAUGAAAGAGCCUGGACCAACAGCUCUUGCUUUGGGGAUUGAUUUGACAUCGUUGGGGUUGAAUUUGAACUCCCAAGAUAAUCUUUACAAGACAUUUGGCUCUCCGUGGUCAAAUGAGCCAGCUAUAGGAGAACCUGAUUAUCAGAUCCCUGCUUGUUUCUCUGCAGAGCCACCACCAGCACUGCAACCAUUACAUUUUCAAAAGUUUCACCCCUUGACACUAUUCUACAUCUUUUACAGCAUGCCUAAGGAUGUCGCUCAGUUAUAUGCUGCUAAUGAACUAUACAAUAAAGGGUGGUUUUACCACAAAGACUACCGUGUCUGGCUCACAAGAGCUCCUAAUUCCGCACCUCUUGUGAAAACUCCGCUUCAUGAACGAGGGUCCUACAUCUGUUUUGAUCCAAGCAUCUGGGAUACUGUCCAUAAGGACAACUUUGUUCUCCAUUACGAAGCAGUGGAGAAGAGACCUGUCCUUCCUUCUGCUGGCCAAAAUAUUAGGCGAGAAUUAUAA